GUGCUAUAAAGUCCACUGCGAAACAUUCUGCUUCAUUUAGUUUUUGCCUUUAUCAUGCAGUGAUAAGCUAAUCUGGAGCUAGAUUGAGCGCUUCACACCUUGGCGACAGUCAGCCGACUAGCCUCGAGUCAAAAUGUUAAACUACUUCUUCAUGAUUAGUGCUCUGCUGGCACUGAGCUGUGCCUGGGCGAAUCCACCGCCAUGUCACGAGAAGGGAUGUCCCAACGUGACCAUGUUCCUGGGACCGAAAUGGGGCUCCAAGGUCAUCUAUCCCAACUAUCCCAAGUUUAGAGGUCCCAGUGAACAGGAACCAUCGAGCGUCAAUAUUACUCUUAGUGAUUCUGAUGAUCAGGUGGAACUGUUUGCUGAUGCCGUUGAAAAUGACCGCAGAGUGCCAGUUCCAAACCGGCGGCCGGUGCCGGAUGAUGACAGCUUUACUUUGGACUUCCCCAAGGAUGAUUUCGACCCUCAGGCACUAACCCCUUCCAGAACUGCCAACGACAUCUUAUUCGAAAUCCCGAGAUUACCCUUCAUCUUUGACCUAGGUCUGCUCAACUUCACAGGCCAGAACCUAACAGGUGACGGGUUGAAGGAAAAGUUAUCCCAGCAAAGUGCGGAAAGUUUACUGCACGUCCGCCGCCUCUACCUGAACAACAACAAGAUAAGUUAUCUUCCAGUGCUGACGUUCCCGGUUGAACUGGAGUACGCGCUGGCCGUGUUGAGGUUGGACAACAACCCACUCUAUUAUCUCUCUAGCUACACUCGCUUCGAGCUGUCCAGGCUUGGAAACCUUAAGAUCUUAAACCUGGCUAACACCGGUCUCUACUACCUGGACUCCCUGUACUUGCCGUCACUGGAAGUCCUGGACCUCAGCAACAACCGCCUCUCCUCUGUGCCUCUAGCCUUCGAGAAGAUGACCAGUCUGCGACACCUGGACCUGAGUGGCAACAGGAUCUCCUCUUUGUACGGUCUCAGCCUCGUCUCCUUGUCGCAACUCGAGUUUCUAUCCUUGGCCGGCAACGGAAUGAUCUACCUCUGGCACGACUUCCAGUUUCUUUACAAUCUCCAGGAGCUGCACCUGAAUGACAACAUGUUGGAGCAUGCAUUUCGAGUUUAUGCACCAUCUGACACGGACUUGUACUUGAGUGGGAAUCCUUGGAAGUGUGACUGCUCUCUUCUGAACUUAGUUUUAGACUCGACCUCACGCAUUGUUGACAAAGACAAUAUGACGUGCCUUGACGGUGACCCCAGGCACCCGACCCCACGGCCCGUGACCUCUUUGACCCGGUCUAAUAUGAAGAGCGCAUGUGAGCGCAGCACAUGGGAGACUGUGUCAGAGGGCUGGUCCACUGCCAGUACAUGGGUCCUGCAGCAUUCGCCCAGUGUUUCCACGAUAUGCGACUUCUUGGGCUGUGUUCUGUUCUCCAUUCUUAUAGUGCUAGCUUUGCGCACAGUCCGCCAAAGGGUGACUCCACUGCAGCUCCCUUACACUAUACUGGACAACAAACAGGCUGCGUGACGUCAUCCGUGCAGAGACUUGUUGUUGUGUAUUGUAACAAUUGUGUUGUUCGUAUAAAUUUAAAGCGUUUAGUGAUUUUGUAAGUAAUUGUUCUUUAGUACUUCAUUGAUAUUUUUUUUAUUUUCCCUGUAUGUUGUGUUUGUGAGUGUUUUUACGGAGCAAUUGUACAAUUUGUGCGUAUAAAAACAAAGUUUGCUUGCUCGUUUAUGUUCGAUUAGUAAACCUCUAAGUUUGUAUUUGUGAUUGAUAAUGUUUGUAUUAUACUUAAUUAAUUGACCUAGGUAUUUAUUUUCAGAAAACAGCUAGGCUAACAGUUUAAGAUUAAUCUUUUUGCUUGGUUUUGAGUUCUUUUUUGGAAUUUCUCUCUUAAUCUACCAGAUAAUGGUUCACCUACAAUGGUAUCUAUUCUCGAACAAUAAGAGUUGAUUUUGUGGGGGCCAAAGAUGUUUAUGAUCUUUUUGUAAUUUAUGUUUUUAUUGUAAAUAAAAGAUUUUGUCGUCAAA